AUGCGUUUUAAUGAAUUAUUUACUCGCCAUCGAAAGACGGAACCUUCAUCUGUUAUUCUAUUAAGAAUAUUGAUUAUGAUAAUAUUAAUAUCUUCCCUCACAGGAUAUUUAACUAUUUUGAUUAUCGAUGUGACUAGUGAUGAGCCAGUGUUAAUAAAUACAGUCAUUGAAGCAACGGAAAUUCCAAUUCCUGGAGGAUCAAAAGAAGAUAAUAAUUAUAGUUGUGAUGAAUAUAUAGAACAACCAAAGGCUUCUUUAAGAAAUAACAAGUAUACCGGUUAUUUUAAAAAUGUCCAAAAUUUGACAUAUGUAAAACCAGAAAUUGAUGGAAAUGCAAUAUUGGGCGUAUCUGUGCUUGCAACGAUUGCUGAUACAAAUUAUAAUGCAACUAAAGGUCAAGAUCUUAUGACAUUCACUGCAACCGAUUCUGAAUUUAGUCCUAUGAGAUAUCAAGGUGAAUUCAACAUUGAUAAAUCACCUGCAUAUAUUAAAGAAUUAACUGCGGGCAACGUUUAUUUUAUGGUUAGAAAUCAGUUGGCACGUAUACAAUUUACUAAAAACAUAAGAGACACAAUUAUUCCAAAGUUCAAAGAUCAUCUCGGAUUCGAACCAACUUAUUAUAGACAAGGUUAUAUUAUGUCAAAUAUACGACACGAACUCAUGUUUGGUCUUGUGGGUGGUGCUUGGGGUCUAGCUGCGGCAUUGUACGCGGCUCUAUUUGGUGUAGACCUGAUUCGUCCAUGGGGUUGUGUGCAAUUUUAUUGUUAUGGAAUACGUAAAAGAGCACAUAAUAAACUUAAAAAAACUCUUCCGAUAAUUCCGCUAGUUAAUAGUACUCCACCUCCCUCUUCUAGAGACGCUUUUCGUGAUGAGCAUGCAGCCUUACAACUUCGUGUUGAUGCUUUAGAAGUUUUCUUAAGAGAGUAUGUCGUAGAC